AUGACCCGCCCUCCCGCCGAAGUUGCCCGGUGGCUCAAACGCACUUAUCCGCGACCGACCGUCGAUCCUGAAUGGAUCGAAGGUUGCUAUUCCUGGAUUCUGGAGGAGCGAAACCUUGAUCCCGCGCGUGACAUGCCCGCGAUCCUCGAGCUCGUCAACGCCCAACUCCUCGCGUCGGACUUCGCCGACAGUAUGAUCCCUGGGACAGGCUUCCCAGAGAACAUCAACACUGCGGAGAACACCGUCUUGCAAGGACCCAUUCUCGUGGAGGUAGUCGGCAUAAUGGAGAUCGGCCACAGCGCAUACAGUUUGCUCCAAACUUACGAGUCGCGCGAGGAGUACCGCAAGCAGGCGGCUCUGCGGGAGGGGCGCGAACAGAGGAAUGGCGAAGAACGCAAACCGAUGCCGAAGUAUCCGCGCUCGAUGCUGCAGUUCCAACUGAGCGAUGGAGUGGCCGUCUUGCCCGGAAUUGAGUGCAAGCCGUUUCCCCAGUUCGAAUUGGGCGAAACGCCGUUGGGUUGUAAGGUCAGUUCAACACCUUCCAGUGCUCCUGCUGAACUGUAUGCACUCCAAUUAUGA